CUAGUCGUCAUGGAGGCAGUCUUGACGGAGGAGCUUGAUGAGGAAGAGCAGCUGGUGAGAAGGCAUCGCAAAGAGAAGAAGGAGUUGCAAGCCAAAAUUCAGGGUAUGAAGAAUGCUGUCCCCAAGAAUGACAAAAAGAGGAGGAGGCAACUUACUGAAGAUGUUGCUAAGUUAGAAGCAGAAAUGGAACAGAAACAUAAAGAGGAGCUGGAGCAAUUGAAGCUGACUUCUAAGGAGAGUAAAAUAGAUUCUGUUGCUGUCAAUAUUUCAAACUUGGUUCUUGAGAAUCAGCCAUUUCGGAUAUCAAAAGCACAAGAGAGAUGGGAUAAAAAAGCUGCACUGGAAAAGGAGCGGGAAGAAAGGAUAGCUGAAGCUGAAAUUGAAAACUUAACUGGAGCUAGACAUGUAGAAAGUGAAAAACUUGCUCAAAUAUUGGCAGCUAGACAGUUGGAAAUUAAACAGAUUCCAUCUGAUGGUCACUGUAUGUACAGAGCCAUUGAAGAUCAACUGAAAGAACAGGACUGCAGUUUGACUGUGGCUGCCUUAAGAUGUCAGACUGCUGACUAUACGCAAAGCCACGUGGAAGACUUUCUGCCAUUUUUAACAAAUCCUAAUACAGGAGAUAUGUAUACUUCAGAAGAGUUUGGAAAGUACUGUGAUGAUAUCAUAAACAACGCUGCAUGGGGAGGUCAGCUUGAGCUAAGAGCCCUGUCUCACAUUUUACAAACACCAAUAGAGAUAAUACAGGCAGAUUCUCCUCCUCUUGUAGUUGGUGAAGAAUAUUCAAAACACCCAUUAAUACUUGUUUAUAUGAGACAUGCAUAUGGCUUAGGAGAACACUAAAGUUCUGUUAAACGGUUGGUGAACACAGCUAGUGAAAAUUGCAGCUAG